AUGGAAAACACAACAAUGUUAGCACCGUCCAAUGUUUCAGACAUAUCAAUAAUUUGCUAUACACCAACCAUGACAACAACAAAUGGUGUAUGGCAAGGUGAUAACCCUUUAGAUUAUUCUAUUCCUCUCUUUGUUUUGCAAAUAACCUUAGUUGUUCUUGCCACACGUUUCUUUGUUUUUAUCCUCAAACCCUUUCAUCAACCUCGUGUCAUUGCUGAAAUCCUGGGUGGAUUGCUAUUGGGGCCAUCAGUGCUUGGUAGAGAUGAAAAACUAGCAAAUAUGAUAUUUCCUCUAAAAAGUGCAAUGUUUUUAGAAACAAUGGCAAACAUAGGCCUGAUAUACUUUCUGUUCCUAAUUGGUUUAGAGAUGGACAUUUCUAUUGUGAAACGAACCGGGACAAAGGCGGUGUCCAUUGCCGUUGCUGGUAUGGUAUUGCCCUUAAUUGUUGGUGUUGGAAUCUCCUUUUCCAUGAGUGGUAAAAAUGAAAAUACAAAUGAAAUUAGCUAUAUUCUCUAUAUUGGUAUUGUUCUAUCUGUCACCUCCUUUCCCGUGCUUACUCGAAUGCUUGCUGAGCUCAAACUCAUCAACACUGAGCUAGGCAAACUUGCCCUUUCAACUUCCCUCAUCAAUGAUGUGUGUGCUUGGUUUUUACUAGCUCUAGCUAUUGCUUUAUCAGAGCAAAAUUCAAGUACUUGGGCUUCUGUUUGGGUUGUAGUGUCAAAUAUGUUGUUUGUAGCUUUCUGUUUUUUUGUUGUUAGGCCAUCAGUUACUUGGUUGAUCAACAGAACUCCUGAAGGAAAACAGUUUAGCGAGUUCCAAAUAUGCGUUGUACUCGUCGGUGUUGCGAUCUCAGCUUUCAUUACAGAUGUUAUUGGAACACAUUCUAUUUUUGGUGCUUUUGUUUUUGGAUUAGUGAUUCCAAAUGGUCCACUUGGAGCUGCUAUAAUUGAAAAGCUAGAAGAUUUUGUUUCAGGGCUUUUACUCCCACUUUUUUAUGCUAUCAGUGGACUUAAGACUAAUAUUAGCUUAAUCCAUGGAACUGGUUCAUGGUCAUUUGUAUUCACAAUCAUUCCUCUUGCUUGUUUCGGCAAGGUCAUCGGAACUCUCAUUAUUUCAGUCCUUUUCGACAUACCAACCCGUGAUGGUGUUGUUCUUGGUUUACUUAUGAACACCAAAGGUCUUAUUGAAAUGAUUGUGCUCAAUAUUGGGAGGGAACAAAAGGUCUUGGGUGAUGAAAUAUUCUCAAUCAUGGUUGUUGCAACACUUAUAAUGACAGCAACAGUUUCACCUAUUGCGACAUUAAUCUAUAAGCCAAGGAAAAGAUUGAUACCUUACAGAAAGAGAACAAUGCAAAGUACAAGAAUUGAUGCAGAGUUAAGGGUGUUGCUUUGCAUUCAUGCCCCUAGAAAUGUCCCUACCAUAAUCAAUCUUCUAGAAGCAACAUACCCAAACAAAACGUCUCCAAUAUGUGCUCAUGUUCUCCACUUAGUCGAACUCACCAAUCGAGCUUCAGCCAUGCUUGUUGUGCAUACCAGUAGACAAUCAGGAGGCCCAGCACUGAACAAAACACAAGCACAAACCGAACACAUCAUCACCGCAUUUAAGAACUUUGAGGAACACGUUGGUUAUGUCUCGGUUCAACCUUUGACAGUUGUUUCCCCUUACCCAACCAUGCAUGAAGACAUAUGCAUUUUGGCAGAGGAAAAAAGGGUAGCCACCAUCAUCAUUCCUUUCCAUAAACAACAAACAGUUGACGGAGACAUGCAAGAAACAAACCCUGCAUUGAGACUGGUUAACCAUAACUUAUUACAAAGCUCACCUUGCUCAGUUGGGAUACUUGUCGAUAGAGGCCUUAAUGGAUCCAAUCGGUUAACUGCAAACCAAGCAUCUCACCGGGUUGCUGUGUUAUUCUUCGGUGGACCGGAUGAUAGGGAAGCAUUAUCGUAUGGAUGGAGAAUGUCAAGGCAUCAAAGAGUUUUUCUCACUGUGAUGCAUUUCAUUCCAGGAAAGGAUGUGGCUGAAUUGAAGACCAACAAUGAUCAACUAGACGAUGAAAGAAGUAUAAUUUCAAACCAAAUAGACGAGGAGUGUAUUAAUGACAUAAAGAUGAUAGCUGCAAGUGAUGACUCAAUCAAGUACAUAGAGAAGGUUGUGAGUAAUGGAGAGGAAACAGUUUCAGCGAUAAGAGAAAUGAACAAUGUCAAUGACUUGUUUAUAGUUGGGAGAGGUCAGGAAAAAGCUUCGGCAUUAACCGAAGGGUUGACAGAUUGGAGCGAAUGUCCUGAGUUAGGAGCCAUUGGAGAUUUGUUAGCUUCUUCAGAUUUUGAAACAAGUGCUUCAGUUCUUGUGAUGCAUCAAUAUGUUGGACAAGGGCCGGAUGGAGAGGACAUUCUUGUAAAUGAUAAACCUUGGCAAUCAAGUGAUAACUUUAAUUCCUUGAGAGAAAAAACCAGAUGUCAACAACAAAGGGGAAGAUAUGUAGCGGUGUCAACGGUGGCAAAUAAUCUAGGACCCCAAUAUUUAUAA